CAGAAACCUGGGAAGCUGGGAUGGGGUCAGCGCCCUGAAGCCAGCCCUCUCUCUUUUGCCAAGACCUGCCUCUGCACAGCCCUAAGUGGGCAACCGAGGGCUGCAGCUGGAGUCCCGAGCCCAUGAUGGAGCCGCGGCUGGGGCCUGAGGCUGCAGCCCUCCACCCGGGCUGGCCAGCCCUGCUGCUGUGGGUCUCAGGCCUGAGCUACUCUGUCUCCUCGCCGGCUUCUCCCUCUCCUUCUCUGGUGCCCCGAGUCAGAACCAGCUACAAUUUUGGAAGGACUUUCCUCGGUCUUGAUAAAUGUAAUGCCUGCAUCGGGACAUCUAUUUGCAAGAAGUUCUUUAAAGAAGAAAUAAGGUUUGACAACUGGCUGGCCUCACACCUUGGACUGUCUCCCGACGACUUGCCUUCUUACCCUGUAAAUUACUCGGAUGAUUUCAAAACCUGGCGCCCCGUGGAGAUCUCAAGGCUGGUCAGCAAACACCAAAACGAGAUCUCGGACAGGAGAAUCUGUGCCUCCGCAGCUGCCCCAAAGACCUGCAGCAUUGAGCGCGUCCUGCGGAAAACAGGGAGGUUCCAGAAAUGGCUGCAGGCCAAGCGCCUCACACCGGACCUGGUGCAGGGCCUGCCCAGCCCCCUCCUGCGCUGCCCGUCACAGCGACUCCUGGAUCGCGUGGUCCGGCGCUAUGCGGAGGUGGCCGACGCUGGCAGCAUCUUCAUGGACCACUUCACGGACCGCGACAAGCUGCGUCUCCUCUACACGCUAGCUGUCAACGCCCAUCCCAUCCUCCUACAGAUCUUCCCGGGCGCCGAGGGAUGGCCACUGCCCAAGUACCUGGGCUCCUGCGGCAGAUUUCUGGUCAGCACCAGCACCAGCCCACUGCAGGAAUUCUAUGGCGCACCCGCAGACCAGGCGGCCGACCUGGCCUACCAGCUCCUGGGUGUCCUGGAGUCUCUGAGGAGCAACGAUUUGAACUACUUCUUCUACUUCACCCACGUGGAUGUGGACAUGUUUGGCAUCUUCAACAACGGGCAUCUGUUCAUCCGGGAUGCCAGCGCACUGGGCGUCAUCGACAGGCAGGAAGGCAGCCAAGCGGCCUCCAGGGCAGGAGAGAAUAAAGACAUCUUCAGCUGCCUGGUCUCUGGCUGCCAGACCGAGCUGCCCUCCUGCGACACCAUCCCUGAGAAGCAGAACCUGGUACUGGUGUGUGGCCAGGUGCUGCCCCCACUUCUCCGGGCCAAGUUCCCGUCCCCGGUGCAGGAGGAGAUAGACGCCGAGCUCGCUCGCUGUGGGGAGGCAACCCGGCCAGACCCCGAGGUCCUCCAAGCCGCCCGCCGGCUGAAGGACAUCUUGAGGCCCCUGAGAACCUGUGACCCCAGAUUUGCCUACCGCUACCCAGACUGCAAGUAUAAUGAUAAGUUCUGAGGGGCUGGAGCCUUGCUGGCCUCCGGGGACCACAUCCUUGGAACUUCCGCUGCCCGCUCGCUUGCUGCACGGUUGAAAGAAGCUGCUCCCUUUUAGACACUGGGAGAAAGGUACCUUUGUUUCCCAGGGAGAAAGGAACAUGCCAACCAUCAGAGGGCAGUCAUGUCAUCGGCUGGCAUGAUUGCCCCCGCCGGCUGGGUCAUCGUGGAAGAGCCCAAGGGUGGGCAUCGGAAGAACCAGGUGUGGACACUCACUCGGCCUCUUUGAGCCUCAUUUUUCUCUCUUCUCCGCCAGACUCUUGAGUUAGUGCAAAAAGACAGAGAUAUGAAGGGCCAGGGACACGUGCUCCCUCCCCCCAGCCCAGGUGGUUACAAAGAAUGUUCCAGAAGCAUGCACGGCCAGGGCAAAUGUGACAGAGCCGUGGAGGUCAAAAGGCUGGCACGGAGGGAAGACUGUACCCCUGCCCUAUAGCCCUCCUGCCACACUCCCCACACUGCCACAGGGUGAGGGGACUGCAGGACAAGGGGACACGUGGACAGAAGGCCCUUCUGUCCCAGAAGUGUCCAGAGAGGCACUUCAUGGUGUGGGAAGGAGCCAGGGGUAAGAAGAGAAGAGGGCUGGGCUGGGGGCCAAUGUGUUUGUCCAGGUCCUCUGAGAACCAGGUGUCAAGACAGGAUUAAAUGGGCAAGGAUUGUAUCAAUAUUAAGGAAGAUGCCUGGGGGGAGGGAAAGGAGGAGGGAGCCGGAGACGGCUGGGAGAGCCAUCAGGCCGCGCUGUAAGGUUGACCCCUCCCUCCCCCAAGUGAGGGCAAGAAGGUCAGCUUGGGGCAUCCCAGACUGCCAUCUGCGCAACCGAAAGAAGGUUCAGCGAGACCGUCAGGGCGACCUCGAGGCAAAGCCAGCCAUCAGAGGAGCUUCGCAAGAAUGGAGAGCCCUUAUAUUCCUGUGGCGGGGAACAGCCCGUGGGAAGCGUGGCCUCAGCCCAACCGCAAAGAUGGAUUUCAAAGCACAGCGCAGGGCACUUAGCCAGUUCUGCUCCCUGGAGCCGAAGGUCUGUGAUUUAGAAGAUUCUCAUUGUAGCCACAGCCGGGGACCAGGGCCAGCUCUCUCCACACCGUGGCCUCCAGGGCAGGACUCUAAAGAGUCUGAGAAUUUUCAUUCAAACAUGGCCUUACAGGUCAUUCUAAAAAUAUUUUUUCAAGGUCAGCCAACGGAAUAUAUUUUAUUCAGCAGUUUGCUUUAUAUCUUUAAAAUGUUUAGCCACGUGGUAUGUGGGUCUCCGUGUGUACUCCUGCCCGGGCCCCUCAAACAUUAGUGGGGCUUCCUUGGACCUUUGCCCAGCCGCCUUGCCAGCCCUCCACCCCCCAGGGACCUCUCAGUCGGCCUCCUCUUUUCUACCUCUGAAUCGCCACCUUUAAGGUCAGAAUGCCUGGCUUAAUAGGCUUCACGCCGCAGACGGGGAAACUGAGGCCCAGGGAGGAAGAGUGACUUGCUGGGAUAGUUCCAGAACUCCUGCUACGAGUCCAGGCUCCUCUUGCCUUCCCCUUCAGCCUCUGUCCUGCCCAAUUCUGGUCCCUUCACUCACAUUUAAAGAGAAGCCAAGAAAAGUCCUGUUCUGUGGUACCCUGCGGUGCGGUUGGGAGUUCCCUUUUGACUGCUCCAGGCACUACGUCUGGGGCAACCGUAACAGUGAGGAUGCCGGGCGGAGCUUCUGGGAGGGCAGGCUUGGGCUGCCUGAGAGUCUUUGAGACAGUUGCUUCCUGGCUUGGUCUGGAGAGAGAGGAUUGACCACCCUUCCCAACACCUUGCUUUUUUAGCCCAGUGAAACUGAUCUUAGACUUCUGGCCUUCAGAACUCGGAGAGGAUAAAUUUCUAUUGUUUUAAGCCCGCACUGUGGAGUCAUUUGUUACAGUAGCCACAGGAAACAAACACAUACCCCGAACUCUUAGUGUCUGCUUCCAGAGAACCCAACUUGCAAUGCUCCCCAACUCCAGUCUAUCGUGAUGGAUUCAAAAGCCAGACCCGCCAGGAAAGAGUGUGUUAUGUGUCCAUAACCAGGGCUGGGGCUUGGACGGUUCCGUUCCUCCACUGACUAAGUCCUGGGCAUCAUUUAAGACCCUGAGUCCUACCUUGACCCAAAGUUUUCCUGACAGCCCAGCUCCCAGCGAGCCUUUUCUGAAUCCUACCUCUGUACCCCUGAACCCCAGGCCCGCACCCAUUUGAGGCUAACCUCAAGGGUAUUCCAGAGAGAUCUGUGCUCCUCCUUCCCAUCCAGCUGGGAGCUCCCUGAAGAUGCUGGUGGCACAGAGUUCUCUGUACUCCCCGUAGCAGCCAGCACAGGGCUAGGCACAGAGCACGUGCUCGGAAAAUAUUCUUGCUGAGAACAAUGAUGUGUUCUUCAAUCCUUUUUGUUCUGUGCUUUUCAUACACCAUGUGCUCUGGACUGAUUUUUUGUGUCCCCCGCAAAAAUUCAUAGGUUGAGAUCUUAACCCCCAAUGUGAUGGUAUUUGGAGGUCGUGGGGGUGGAGCCCUCAUGAAUGCCCUCAUAAAAGAGACCCCAGACAGCUCCCUCACUCCUUCCACCAUGUGAGGACACAGCAAGAAGGUCCUGGCUAUGAACCAAGAAGCUUGCUCUCACCAGACACUGAGUCUGCCAGCCCCAUGAUCUUGAACUUCCUAACCACCGGAACUGGGAGAAAUAAUUGCUGCUUAUAAGUCAUCCAGUCUGUGGUAUUGUUAUAGCAGCCCAAACGGACAAAGACACCGUGCUGAACAUAUGCAAGCCGCAGCCACGUCCUCGAGAACAGCUCUUUCCCCUCAAGAGCCAGGAGACAAGUGAGUCAACACUCAAGAGACUUAGCCAGAACAAAAUCAUCGUACUAUGUUCUCAGCCCCCUGCAAUCUGAUUGGAGGCAUUAUUUUUUCUGCGUUUUGCCAGCCACUGUCUUUUUGCCUGCAGGACCGGCUGCAUAAUUUGUGGGACCCCCUGCAAAAGGAAAACGUGGGGCCUCCUGUCACUGAGAAUUGCAAGAUGGGGCCAGCAGAGUGUUAACCUGAGUGCAGGCCCUGUACGACUGUAUGUUGAUGCCCACGAAGCCAGCCCUGGGUGCCUGAGAAUACUAAUUAACCUCUGUGUAGAGGGUUCUUGGGGUUUACUGGGGUCUCACUUGAUCUCCACAAGCAAGGGGAGUAGCUGUGGAGCCAGAGGUGGUAUAAAAUAUUUAAUAACCAUCAUGGCAAAGGGACUGACAUAGGAGAACAGGCUCCACUGGCUUCAGCUAUCAGCUCGGCGUCCCCACAGCCCUGCGGGCAAGUCCUACUUUUCAAACAAGGAAACUGAUUCAAGCGAUCUGCUCAAAGUGACCAUUUUGAGGUCUCCUGCUUUCCUAGUCCUCCCCUGUAGCAUCUAACUUCUGCCUAUAAGUGAUUGCAUGAGCCUGAAUGUUUCCUCUAGAGCUAAAAUAAAUACUUUGUUGGAUUUG